CAUAUAUUCCCGCUUCCGGUAAAAUUUCCCCACUUUAUUCAUCUCUCUCUUUCUUCGAUUAUAAAAAGUAAACCCCUCUUCUUCUUCUUCUUUCUUCGGUCACUACUUAGGGUUUACAGAUCUGCAACUUUUAGGCUCAGAAUCUGAGGAUUGAAGUAUUUUACCAUGGUAGGAAGACUAGGAGAUGGAGGAGGAGGAACAGCAACAGCAAUAGGGAUCGAUUUGGGUACAACUUACUCAUGUGUUGGUGUAUGGCAAGUUGAUCAUGUCGAGAUUAUUGCUAACGAUCAAGGAAAUAGGACUACUCCAUCUUAUGUUGCUUUUACUGAAACUGAACGGUUGAUCGGUGAUGCUGCUAAGAAUCAAGUUGCUAUGAAUCCUACCAACACCGUCUUUGAUGCGAAACGUUUAAUUGGUAGGAAAAUCAGCGAUACCUAUGUUCAGAAUGAUAUGAAGCUAUGGCCCUUCAAAGUCAUUGCUGGGGAAGACGAGAAACCGAUGAUUGAACUCAGUUACAAAGGCAAGGAUAUACAGUUUUCAGCAGAGGAAAUAUCAUCCAUGGUUCUCAUUAAGAUGCGAGAAACUGCUGAAGAAUAUCUUGGUUCAACUGUUAAGAACGCUGUUAUUACCGUCCCUGCUUACUUUAAUGAUUCUCAACGUCAAGCUACUAAGGAUGCUGGUACAAUUGCUGGCCUUAAUGUAAUGCGAAUCAUCAGUGAACCAACUGCGGCUGCAAUUGCUUAUGGCCUUGAAAAGAAGGCAACCAGUGAUGGUGAGAAGAAUGUUCUUAUCUUUGAUCUUGGCGGUGGUACCUUUGAUGUGUCCAUACUCACCAUCAACGGGAGUGUUUUUAAUGUCAAAGCUACAGCUGGAGAUACCCAUCUUGGAGGAGAGGAUUUUGAUAACAGACUGUUGAAUCACUUUGUAGAAGAGUUCAAGAGGAGGCAGAAGAAGGACAUUAGUGAGAACCCAAGGGGUCUUAGGAGGCUGAGAACAGCAUGUGAGAGGGCAAAGAGGACCCUGUCAUCUACUACUCGCACAACCAUUGAGAUUGAUUCGUUGCAUGAAGGAGUCGAUUUCCAAGCGGCCAUUACUCGUGCUAGAUUUGAAGAGUUAAACCUAGAUUUGUUCAGAAAGUGCAUGGAACCAGUUGAGAAGUGUUUGGAGGAUGCAAAGAUGGACAAAAGUGCUGUUCACGAAGUUGUUCUCGUUGGUGGGUCCACCAGGAUUCCAAAGGUUCAGUCUCUAUUGCAGGAUUUCUUUAAUGGAAAGGAACUCUGCAAGAACAUCAACCCUGAUGAAGCUGUGGCUUAUGGUGCUGCAGUCCAAGCUGCUUUUAUGGGUGGUGAGGGUAAUGAGAAGGUUCAGGACUUGGUGCUGGUGGAUGUCACCCCUCUUUCUCUUGGUGUUCAUACACGAGGAGGUGUUAUGGAUAUAUUGAUCCCAAGAAACACAACAAUUCCCACCAAGCAGGAAAAGAUCUAUAGCACCUUUGUGGACAAUCAAAGUAGUGUGAUGGUCAAGGUAUUUGAGGGGGAGAGAACUAAAACCAGUGACAAUAAUUUGCUGGGUGAGUUUGUGUUAGACGGAAUUUCUCCACAACCACGUUGUGUUCCUCACUUGACAGUAUGCUUUGAAAUGGAUGCCGAUGGUAUAUUAAAUGUGUCUGCAGAGGAGAAAAAAACAGGGAAGAAGAAUAUGCUCACAAUCUCAAAUAACAAGGGAAGGUUGUCGACGGCUGAGAUUUCAAGGAUGGUCUUAGAGGCUGAGAAAUACAAGUUAGAAGAUGAAGAAUACAGGAAUAAAGUCGAGUCAAGGAACUCCUUUGAGAAUUACGCAUAUAGCAUGAUGAAUACGAUUGAAAGUCUUGGAUGGAAGAUGGCAUCAGUAGACAAGAAGAAGAUUGAGGAUGCGGUUAACAAUGCCAUUGUAUGGUUGGAAUCUAAUGAACUACCUGAGGCAGAAGUUACAAAUGACAAGAUGGAGGAGUUACGAAAUGUAUGCAACCCUAUCAUGUCUAAGAUAAACAAGCAGGGUGGAGCAGGUGCUGAACCCAAAAUUGAGGAAAUCUUCUAAAUUCCAUCAGUUAAGUUCUUUCUUUUGUCUUAACAGCAUCUUUUUCAUUUUUCUGGUCCUGUCUUAUAGUUCGGCAUUCUCGUCCAUAGCUAGGCUAAUAUGCUUUUUUAUCUUUUAUACCUUUAGAAAAUUAGAUCAAAUCUCUGCUGAUUACCAGGUGGUCUUUAUGUGCCUUUUAUGUGCACUUUUGUCAGGUUUAAUGUAGAAACUCUAUUACAAAGAAAACCCUGCAAGAAGCAGAAUUGCAGUCGUAGAUAGUAAUCUUAUUAGCGUUUACAGACUAUUAAUAUUUCUCAGCAUGAUUUCCACUGGUGCAGAAAGAUUAUUUAUUUGUUUC